ACCCCCGCACGUGCACAAACAUGCCCACACUGUAUGACCCAGACAUGAAUGUCUCGCUUUAAGCUGCAAGCUGGACUCAUGUUUCUUCUUCACAGCAUUGGUCGACUGCAAAAAUGGCACGUCCCCUUCUCAAAAUGCAACACUGCAGGAAAAAAAAAAACAAAAAAAAAACAAAAAAUGGACCCGAUAACUUUAACAGCGGGGUAGGAAGAGAGAGAAAAAAGCGUCUGGCAGCAGUCGAUAUUAAAAACAUGCAGAGGGAGACAAGCUCGGGGCCUUCCAGAGUCAGGAAAAAGACUUCGGAGAGCUGCAGACAGGAGAUGGCUGAUGAAGAGACUAGCAGCUCGCCGCUAUGCUGGCUUGCUAAUUCUCUCCCCCACAGCUGCAGCCGAUCCUGAUAGCCAGCCUGCAGAUUGCACUCAGCCGGAAUCCAGAGAGAACGGUUCCCUGGAGGAAAUGGAAGAGGACAUCAGUCUGAAAAAGCGUAAAAGUGAUCAACCUGGAGAGAAAGAACUGCAGGGCACGCAGGAGACGGGUGAAAAGGUCAAGAGGAAGCGUGGACGCCCACCUGCUGAGAAGCUGCCUCCAAACCCGCCUGAACUCACCAGAACACUGAGCACGCUGGUGGACAUGGUUAUCAACUACAAGGACGGGUUGGGUCGACAGAUCAGUAAAGGCUUCGUUCAGCUGCCCUCGAAGAAGGAGGUUCCCGAGUACUACGAGCUGAUCCGCAAACCUGUGGACUUCAGGAGGAUCAGGGAACGUGUUCGUAAUCACAAGUACAGAAGUGUGGGGGACCUGGAGAAGGAUAUUUUCCUCCUGUGUCACAACGCUCAGACCUACAACCUGGAGGGAUCUCAGAUCUAUGAGGACUCGAUCGUCAUUAAGUCUGUUUUUGAGAGUGCGAGACAGAGAAUCGUCACAGACCAGGAACGGAAAGAAACAGUCAGCACCAGUCACAGCGAUAAUGGCGGCAGAGCUGAAGACCAGUUUGUCCCAACAGCAGUGAAACCAUUACCAGACCAACUAAAGAAGGAGGAUAAGGAGGAGAGAAGCAGAAACACCACGGCGAAGAGGCUCCACAGUGGUUUAGACAGCGAUGAGGAUCUAGAGGAUAAAACCACAAAAGAUGAAGGUUGAACUGAACGGCCCUUCCUUUUUUUUGUACUCCAGCUCAUCUCUACUCUUUUCUCUGCAUCCCAUUUCAACGGUUUCUUCAUUUUCCUGAGCUAAAGAAAGGUCUUUGGGGAUAAAAAAAAAACAGAAAACCACUCAAAGAAGGGGUCCUCCAGGAAACCAUUUUUAUAGAUGACUCAUGCCACUCCAACACGUCUUGCUGCACAUAGUGGUCUUCAGUCGUUUCGGUUUUAUCUGCCUUAGUCCCUCUGUGAUUGCUUCUGCAAAUAUUCUGUAACUCUCCGGUUUCAUUGACUGUUUUUAAAUCCAUACAUUUGAUUGUAUGAAUUGCCUUCAUAUGUCUUGAAGCAUGACGUAUAUAUUUCUCUUAAAGCUGAUGAUGUUGAUGAGUAAGGGUUGGAGAACUGAAGCACAUGAGAGAGUCUUUUUUGGAGAAAACAUCAAGUGAAGACUGUAAAUUUGUUAAAAUCUCUAGUUUCAUUUUUAGAGAUGAUACUUCUUUGAUAAAAAUGUGGAAGUGUGGAGUCAAAGACAAAUUUCAGUACAAGUAGAAGUACUUUUGUCUGUUUUUGAUACGUGAUGGAAUAAGUUUGGGUCUAAUCAAAAGGUACUCAAGUUGAACAUUUUUACCCCUUGUGCUACAGUAUAUUCACAUAUUGUACAGUUUGUGUGAAAAGUUAGUAAUAUUUCUUUUCAUUCGCUCUCCUGGUUGUUGGGGGGGAGGUUGGAAGACAUCAUUGUUAAGACAAUCCCUGAAAAAAUGUAUCACUUAAACACUUGGGAAAUAAAUUUUACCAAAAAGUC